UUAAUCUUUAAAUAUGAUAUAAUUAUCGGUAUAGAAGAAAGAAUCGUAAUUAAUCUGUGUAUGUAUUUAAUUUUUGGAAGGAUCGAUUAUUAGACGACGAACUUCGUUCUUUCUGAUUUCUCUAACAUGUCACGUAAUACGAAUACGCAGUAAUUUAGAAUCGUAAUUUUAAUUGACAUAGUCAACAGAAGAAGAAAAAUAAAAAAGACAAGAAGAAGAAGAAGCUUGCUUGAGAACGUUAUCGUGUUUACAGAAAAUUUAAAUAAUCUUAAAUAAAAGAGAAAGGAAGAAAAAAGAAAUGUGAGAAAGAAAAGAAUAACGUUUUUUCUUUUCUUUCUCUCUCUCUCUCUCUCUUGUUCACUCCAUCGUUUGCUUGUUCGCUCUCUUUCUCUCUCUCUCUAUCUCUCUCUAUCUCUCUCACUCUUUUUCAAGGCAUUGCCCGUAAUUGACAAGCAGCGCGCAGUGUGACGUUACGUCGUUCGCUUUCUGUAACCUCAAAUUUUAAUGAACCACGCAAAGACGCAAAUGACAUCUUCCUUGUAGUGACACAACGUACACUUAAAUUGCACAUACUUUUUCAUUGUAUAAAAGGAUAUUACGUGCGUAUACUCACUCAAACACGUUUACGUUAUAAUAUUUUUCAAGUGGUCAAAUAAUAUCCGUUGUACGGUCUUCCUGUGUCGUCUGUUCUUCCGGAUGAAAGAGACGAAAGAGAAUUUAUUAAGAGAUAAUAUUAGACUUUUCCAAUGGAUAAAAUUUUGCAAAUGGUUGCAAAAUAAAUUUGAAUCUGUUAUAAUGAAUCAACUAAGGGAAUAUCGAUCAGUUUAUUAAAUUUUAUAUGUAAACAAGUGGAUGCCCAUUUAAUAAUCUCAAAAAUGCAGCAGUGCUGUGUAAGCCACCAAGUUCAAUUAUGGCUUUUACUAUUACUACUUUGUGUCGCAUAUUGUGGUGCAGACAUUUUAGUAUUCUCAGCAGGUACCAGAUAUCAGGUAGAUGAUGAAUUUAGAGAUAUGCCAGCAAGAUUUGGUGGCUUUAUACCAUCUGAAGGGAUUAAGGGCAUGGUUGUUUAUGCUGAUCCUCCUAAUGCUUGUCAUGAAAUAAGUGGCCCUCCAAAUGAUACAAGUUAUGAAGGGAGUUGGAUAGCUUUAAUUGCUCGGUAUGAGUGUAAGUUUGAAAUUAAAGUGCGAAUGGCACAAAAGGCUGGUUAUGAUGCUGCCAUUAUACAUAAUGUGAACAGCGAUGAGUUAGAACCAAUGUCAGCCGAAAAUCCAUUAGGAAUAAAAAUACCAUCUGUUUUUGUUAGUGAACGAACAGGAUUAAUUAUAAAAAAAAAUUAUUUGUAUGAUCAAUUAUAUUUUGUAUUGAUUAAUGACGAUCUACCAUUUAAUAUUAAUACACAUUUGCUUUUGCCAUUUGCAAUUGUUGUCGGAAUAUGUUUUUUAGUCAUGGUUAUUUUUAUGAUUGUCAGAUGUAUUAAGGACAGAAGAAGGCAACGUAGACAUAGAUUACCAUAUUCAAGUUUAAAAAAAAUGCCAACUCAUAAAUAUACAAAAGGUGAUCCUUAUGAAACAUGUGCUAUUUGUCUAGAUGAUUAUAUGGAAGGAGAAAAAUUAAGAGUGUUGCCUUGUGCCCAUGCUUACCAUAGCAAAUGUAUUGAUCCUUGGUUGACAAAAAAUCGUAGAGUAUGUCCAGUCUGUAAACGAAAGGUUUUUGCAGCAGACGAACAAGUUAUUACAGAUGAAAGUGAUUCAGAUGCUGAUGACUCAACUCCUUUGAUACGAGAUGGCUAUCAAGGUACUCAAGGGGGAACUUUCAUACGUCAAAGAGAAAAUCCUUUUAAUAGAUCUAGGAGAACGCAAAAUAGGCAGGAUAUGAAUAAUUCUAGUAGUGGCUCAGAUUCUGAGCCAUUUUCAACAACAUCUGAUGAUGAUGGUAGUAUAAGUACUGGGGAGCCUUCUGGUGGAAUAGUUUUCAUGGUUUCUGACUCACAUAGCAUUAAUGGCGAGUUGCAAGAUUUAGAACGAUCUGUAAGCAGUACGAAACCACAUACGGUUAACUUAUACACAGAAACACAAGAAUUUCCUGUUCCUGUUGUACAAAUCACACCAAUCCGACAAACAAGGAUUUUAGUGAAUUCAACAACUUUAAAUCCUGAUCACCUUGCCAUAGCUGCAGACAAUAGAAGUGCAAGUACAACUUCUAUUGAUUCUGAAAGAAAUGACGUUGCAGCAUAAUAAUAAUUAAUUGAAAAAUUAGAUCCACUAUCUUUGGUCAUCUUAAAAAUUACUGACAUGAAAUAUUAGCAAGUUUGCUACAGGAUAUGGAAAAUAAUAAUUUGCUAAAGAUAUUUUUUGACAUGUUAUUUUACCUCAAGGGUCUGUAACAUCAAAUAUAUUUUUCUGCAGAUUUUUUCUGUAUUCUGUUAUAAGAGGUGAUACACAAAUUGCUUAUACUGAUAUAUUUUUGCUUACAUUGAUAUAUAUCUAUCUUGUUAUAACUUAUAACUUAUUAUAUAUAAAAUCAAACAUAUUAUUAGGAUUUUUUAAUUAUGUUGUAGAAAUCAUCACGUGACAUUUAGUUUAAUUGGAAGGAUUAUUGAUUUCACAGAGUAUCAUUAAUUAAUUAAUUAUUAUCAGUUAAAAUAUUAGUAUUGGAUAUAUGUAGUAAUACUGAAAAUGUGAUAUAAACCGAAUAUGAUAUAUCCUGUUAAUGUUAUGCUUUGCACUGAUUAGGAAAUAUGGGAAUAUCGUCUUGUAUAGUACCUAUUACUUUAUAAUUGUUUAGAUCUAUUUAAACAUACAUAUCCAUAAUGAUUUUAAUUAAACUUUCCAUUUUACUUUACUUGCAGAAGGAUAAACAAAAGAGCAUUACUUUUCUUGCUUUAUACAUUAGUUGGUUUUAAGAGAUCUUUGAAUACUUUUAUUCAUUGCAUUAUUACGACUACGGAAAUGGACAAAAAAGAAUAAAUUAACGUAUAUAUUA